GGAGGUUGUGUGGAUUUAAAUGUUUGAAAGGACCGACAGACUGAACGCCAGACGGCUUUGCCAGUUUGUCAAUUCUUUGGGUAUGAAGCUCAGUUGGCAGUUUGGAGAUGUUUAUGGCUUGGAUCCAGAACUUCUCAGCAUGGUGCCUCGACCUGUGUGUGCUGUGCUGCUCCUCUUCCCCGUCACAGAGAAGUAUGAAGCCUACAAACAAGAGGAAGAAGACCGUCUGAAAAAGCAACCGCAAGAAGUCUCUCCAAACAUCUUCUUCAUGAGGCAAACCAUCAGCAAUGCUUGCGGAACAAUAGGAUUGAUCCACGCUGUGGCCAACAACCUUGCACACCUGCAAUUUGAAUCUGGCUCUCCUCUUAAGAAGUUUGUGGAGCUCACCUGUAAAAUGAAUCCAGAAGAACGAGGUGCUUUCCUGGAGAAAGAUGAGAGUAUUCGUAUCACACAUGAGUCCAGUGCACAGGAGGGACAGACUGAGGCGCCAAGUUUAGACGAUAAAGUCAACCUUCACUUUAUAGCUUUUGUGAACGUCGGAGGACAAUUGUACGAGCUAGAUGGGCGGAAACCUUUCCCUAUUUGUCACGGAAAAACAUCGGAGGGUACUCUCUUAGAGGAUGCUGUGGAGGUUUGUAAGACUUUCAUGGCUCGCGACCCGCAGGAAAUCCAUUUCACCAUCAUCGCCCUCUCCAAAGAUUAGUAGCAAGGCGAGCCGUGAGCGGAGAAAACUCUUUACUGCCAAACAUUCUCAAGUGCUGACUUUAUCUUGCGUCAUAGUUCUGAUUUGGAGCGAGCUAACAAACAUUUCUAAAUUGAAACACAUCAUUUCCACUAAUUUACUCCUCGGAGUUCGAUGAGAUUGCAGGUGAAUCACAGACGCGCUAGCUCAGUAAUUGCACUAAAACUGUUUACGUAGCAUGUUUGCGUUUCAGCGAGGGGGACAAAUUGGGCUUAGUUUUCACGGCGCGGCGGCAAGACAAAAUGACACUGUUAUGAAGCACUUAUUAAUUAAAGCAUGUCUCAUCCUCUACUUCCUGUACGUGAGGCCAAGUCAAGACUGUAUGUCCUUGUAAAAGGUGCUUACAUUUUUUGUAAUAAUUUAAAAAAAACACUUGUCAAUUAAAUACUAAGUGUGACAUUGA